AUGGGUACUGGAAAGAAGGAGGCCACUCGGCGCGAGCGCCAGGGAAAGACUGGCGAUGGCCUCGGAAAUGUCAGGGUCAAGGGCGAGAACUUCUAUCGCGAUGCGAAGAAGGUCAAGCACCUGAACAUGUACAAGGAGGGAAAGGCGCAGAGGAAUGCCGAGGGAAAGAUUGUCAAGGCUGCGUCGUUCCAGUCGCGCGACAUCCCCAACGCCCGAAUCGAGCCGAACCGCAAGUGGUUUACCAACACCCGAGUCGUCUCCCAGGAUACCCUCAAGGCGUUCCGAGAGGCCAUGGAGGAGAAGGCCAACGACCCGUACCAGGUCCUGCUCAAGUCCAAUAAGCUGCCCAUGAGCCUGAUCCGCGAUGGCAAGGACACCACCAACGGCAUCAAGCAGCACAAGGCCAAGAUGACUGUCGAGACAUCACCGUUCGCAGAAGUCUUUGGACCUAAGGCGCAGAGGAAGCGAGUCAAGCUUAGUGUCAGCAACUUGGAUGACCUGGCGGACGACACUGAGAAGAGUAUGGACACCUACCAGGAGCGACUCGAACAGCAGAGGCUACUUAGCGGUGCCUCUGGAGACGCGGAGAACGUUGGCCUCGAUGACAAGCCACUCACGAUGGCGAUCGAGCCUGUGUUUGACAAGGGUCAGAGCAAGCGAAUCUGGAACGAACUGUACAAGGUCAUCGACUCUUCCGAUGUGGUCAUCCAUGUUCUCGACGCUCGAGAUCCUGUGGGAACACGGUGUCGCAGCAUUGAGAAGUAUCUCAAGGAAGAGGCUCCUCACAAGCACUUGAUCUUCGUCCUGAACAAGUGCGACCUGGUUCCUACCAGCGUUGCGGCCGGCUGGGUUCGCAGUCUAUCCAAGGAGUACCCUACCUUGGCUUUCCACGCGAGCAUCACCAACUCGUUUGGUAAGGGCUCGCUCAUCCAACUCCUCCGACAAUUCUCCUCCCUGCACUCGGACCGAAAACAGAUUUCUGUUGGUUUGAUUGGUGGCCCCAACACUGGAAAGUCCUCCAUCAUCAACACUCUCCUCAAGAAGAAGGUUUGCAACGUUGCACCUAUUCCCGGAGAGACCAAGGUCUGGCAAUAUGUCAGCUUGAUGAAGCGCAUCUACCUGAUCGACUGUCCCGGUAUUGUUCCUCCUUCCAGCACCGACUCUCCUACCGACCUGGUACUUCGAGGUGUGGUGCGUGUCGAGAAGGUGGAACAUCCUGAGCAGUACAUCCAGCCUCUCUUGAACAGAGUCAAGCAGCGCCAUAUGGAGAAGACAUAUGAGCUGAAGGGCUGGACAAACUCGACCGAGUUCCUGGAGCUUCUGGCCCGCAAGGCAGGUCGACUCCUCCGUGGAGGCGAACCUGAUCUGGAUGGAGUUGCCAAGAUGGUUCUGAACGACUUCAUGCGAGGCAAGAUUCCCUGGUUUACUCCUGCGCCAAAGGCCGAAGGUGAAACCGAGGACAAGGUUGGAGGCCGAGAGGGCAGACUGGGCGAGAUGCCUCGGAAGCGAAAGCAGGAAGACUCGGCUGAGGAUGAGGAUGCCUCUGCUGAGGCACAGCUGCAACAGGAGCUUGAUGCUGCCCUCGAGAAGGCUGAGGAGCAAGGAUCAGAUGAUUCUGAUUCGGAGUUUGAAGGAUUUGGAAGUGACACCGAAGACGCGCGGUCAAGGAAGCCGUCUUCCGGAGCCACUUUGGACGAGGAGAGCGAAGGAGAGAGCGCCUCAGACGAUGUGAUAUCGGUGGGCGGCUCGGAAGAAGAAGAGGAGGUGGAGGAAGAAGAGGAAGAGGAAAAGGCCUCUGCGCCAACAGUGAAAAACGAACCCCAAUUGCAGGACGACGGGGCGACACUUACACAGCCGAGCAGGGAGCCUGCGAUCACGAGAUCGGAGGCCACUCUAGACGAGAUGCCCAUAGAGAUUCUCCGUGACAUUGUCGACUACCUCUUUUUGCCUUUCGUACAGGACUGUCGUCCUUGGGAUAGCGAGUACGAAGACGAGUAUCGCACCAGGCCAUGGACCAUCACGCCGCAUGUCUCUGAUGUUUGGGGAGACAUGUCACGCUUGGCACGGACUUCCCGUCAACUGCACGAUACCAUCACGCCCUAUCUUUUCGGGCUGGAUGCCAGGUACAACGGAGCCUCUGCUCUUCUCAUCUCUGCAAAGAGAAACAUCCUGUCUGCCGUCGCCAAGUCUUUAGACGCCGGAGCUGAUGUGAACGUCAUUGAUACGACGGAACCUAUCUGUGAAAAGGCACAACCACGACCAAGACGAUACCAGCCACCAGACCCGGAAGAGCAGAGAUGGGAACACGAACCUAUCACGCUGACAGCGCUUCACUGGGCAGCCCUUCUAGGACAUGAACAGGUUGUCGAUCUGCUUCUUGACUGGGGCGCUGAUGUUGGGCACUCUGGGCAGACUUGUGUCGGGAUCAACGCUUCAUCGCCAAUUGACUUUACCUGCAAGUCAUUCAUUCGCGCUAUGAUUCAGAUUAAAUGUCGAUCUACCGGGAAAGCAUACGCCAGCUGUAGUCUUUAUCUCGAAUACAACACAAAUGCCUUGUACUUUGCGCUUCUGGAGUCUCGCAGCGAGUCGCAACAAGCCAAGACAGCGGCCCGGGCUACAACUGCAAAACGCCUUAUUCAGGCUGGCUCAUCUCUUAUCACGCAUACCGGGGUUGGGCUUCACGCAUUGCAUCAAGCGUGUGCGGACUGGAACACUGAGGUUGUUGAGUGGCUCCUGGAGGAGGUUGGUGUCGAUCCGAAUGUCCCUGAUGCGAUGGACAACACACCGCUUCACCAUGUUGCUAUGUGGCGAGAAUACCCUGCAAACCUUGACCCGGGACCGGUAAUUCGACUACUCGUAGAGCGAGGAGCCGAUAUCAACGCAAGGAAUGCCGAUGACGAGACACCACUUCAAGCUUGUUUCCGAAGGAAGAGCCGUUACAGUCAGGCUGCAUACUGGGUCACCAUUGAGCUUAUCAAAGGGGGAGCGUCCUUACCUGAUGCCAUCUCUAGGGAUAAGAAGAGGCCCUACCUUGAACGGGACGAGAUGGAUCGGGUGCUGCAAGAAGCUAGAGCUGGGGGCUUGGCAAAGAGGUUGGAUGAGCCCGAGGACCUAGAGGAGAGGAAAGAAAGGGCCUUCAAGAUGGCUACCCACUGGGUCUACAGCCGGGCGAAUUUUGGCAAGUCGGUUCCUGAAGAGGUGGCUGCUUGGAGUCAAGCACAGUGGCGGCGGUAUUGGAUAGAUACGACGAUGGGGUGGCAUUGUCACAAUGCGAAUUGUAGGGACUAUGGCGAAGAGCCACCUGAUCUGGAAGUUUUGUAA